AUGUCCAACCCCCUCGACACCGACGCCGGCACCGAGCUCUUCAAGCACUACGAAUCAGAAUACCUGCUCGUCCGCGCCGACCUGACCCAGAAACUCGACCAAAUCAAUGAGCUAUCCGGCGAGCCCAGAAAGGCCGCCCUCAGCGCGGCAGAGCGGGCGCUGGAGGAAACCGACGAGCUAGUGGGCCAGAUGCAGAUGGAGAAGCAAAACGUCCCCUCGUCUCAGCGCACAGCAAUCAACAGACGGAUCCGCGACUACAAGAGCGAUGUCGAUGGAUACAGGCGAAAGCUGCGGACUCUGGCCGAGGACAGGAGUGCGCUUUUUGGGGGACGGUACACGGACAAUCCCGGUGGUGCUUCUGGGGAUGCGCAGCUGGAGCAGAGGCAGCAGUUGUUGUCUGGUAGGUUUCUAGGAAGCCAAAGGAAGGGGAAUCUGAAGCUGAUUGAUGAUAAAGGAACCGAUCGUUUGGACCGCAGCACUCAGCGCCUGAAGGCUAGUCAACAGCUGGCGAACGAGACCGAGUCCAUCGGUGCCAACACUCUGGCCACGCUGCAGCAGCAGCGCGAGACGAUCGAGCACACCACGCGCGUUAUGUACGAGAGCGAGGGUUAUGUCGAUCGCAGUUUGAAGAGCAUCAAGGGCAUUGCCCGUAGGAUGGCUACCAAUCGGAUAAUCACCAUCGCCAUCAUCACCGUCUUGGUUUUGCUCAUCUUUGCUGUCAUCUUUAGCAAGUUCAAAUGA